AAUUUCAGAUAAUUUCAAGCGGUAAUAAAUCCGGCUUGAAGUGAUAACAGAAUGCGGAUAAUUAAUUAGUAAUGCAAAUGUUAAACAAAUUGCUGAGAAAAUUUGUUGAGUUAUUAUUAAUCGUAUUUGUUGUUACGAAAUGUACAUCAAUGUUACAGUCUGAGAAAUCUUUAAACGAUGCCAUAAUAGUUCCUUCACACGAACAAACAUCUUCUAUAUCCAAAAUAGUGAACACUGAAAACAAAAAUUUGCAAUAUGUAACACAAACAUCUUCUGUAGGGAACAAUAAUCCGAGUAAAGAAAAUGAAAAAGUCAAGAACAUCGUUAAGAAAGAUAAAAAAAGUAAAUUAGAUAGAGAGGGGCCAAAAGUAUGGGAUCACUGGGGAAACUGGUCUAGUUGUAGUGUUACUUGUGGAGUUGGAAAACUUACAAGAUGGAGACACUGUGUAAGCGGAGGUUGUCUUUUAGGCGAGAAAAAAGCACAAUUAAGGACAUGUACUCUUGCAGCAUGUUAACAUUGUUUUCCAAAACAUACUUUUUACAGCAUGUUUAUAAUUGAAAUAAACAAAAUAUAUUAGAGUUGGAUAAUAAUAA